GCCCUCAGUGGUUCUGUUGUAGGUGUGGACACUGUCAGCGGCUGCAGCCGACGUGGAACGAACUGGGAGACAAGUACAACAGCAUGGCUGAUGCCAGGGUCUACGUGGCCAAGGUGGACUGUGUGGCCGAUGCGGAUGUAUGCUCCGCGCAGGGCGUGCGCGGCUACCCGACCCUGAAGUUGUUCAAGCCUGGCCAGGACGCUGUCAAGUACCAGGGCCCUCGGGACUUGCAGACGCUCGAGAGCUGGAUGCUGCGGACGCUGGACGAGGCCCAGGAGGGCCCGACGCCGCAGCCAGAGGAGGCGGAGGCCCCGCGGCCACCUGAGCGCAGACAGGGGCUGUACGAGCUCUCGGCAAGCAACUUCCAGCUGCACGUGGCACAAGGCAACCACUUUGUCAAGUUCUUUGCCCCAUGGUGUGGUCACUGCAAAGCACUGUCCCCGACCUGGGAGCAGCUGGCCCUCGGCCUGGAGCACUCCGAGGCCGUCAGCAUUGGCAAGGUGGACUGCACGCAACACCACGCGCUCUGCUCCGGCCAGCAGGUGCGCGGCUACCCCACACUGCUAUGGUUCCGUGACGGCCAGAAGGUGGACCAGUACAAAGGCAAGCGGGACCUGGACUCACUGAGGGAGUACGUGGAGGCACAGCUGCGGAGCGUGGAUGGCGGAGCCCCUGAGAGCCAGCCCCCAGAGGAGGCCCCGGAGCUGGGUGCCCUGCCACCUGCUGGCCAGGGCGCGGUGCUGGCCCUGACGGACGGGAACUUCGAGGACACUGUGGCUGAAGGCAUCACCUUCGUCAAGUUCUACGCCCCCUGGUGUGGACACUGCAGGAACCUGGCACCCACGUGGGAGGAGCUCGCAAGGAGGGACUUCCCCGGGCUCUCUGCCGUCAAGAUCGCCGAAGUGGACUGUACUACCCAGCGCGAUGUCUGCGGCCGCUACGGGGUACGCGGGUACCCCACACUGCUGCUGUUCCGCGGAGGCCGCAAGGUGGGCGAGCACGGCGGGUCCCGGGAUCUGGACUCACUGCUGGGCUUUGUGUUAGCCAGGGCCCGCGACGAGCUGUAGCCGUCGAGAGCUGCCCCUGGAGUAGCGCCUCAUUCCUGUCUGCGCCCCCAUGCGCCAGGUGCUGCCCCAGGCCGAGUUGGCAGCCACUGCCUCUGGCUGCCUGGGCUAACUGUGUCCCCAGUGGGUCUGGCACUGCCCUCCUGGCCUGUCCUAGGCCACCGUGGGCAGAGGGACACACCAGCCUCAGACACCCCAGGCACCCAGCGUCAAGUCAGCUGCCCAGCGAGGCCUGAGAGUGGCUGUGUGGACGCAGUGCCAUGUGACCGAGCCAGGCCAAUGGGUCGUCCACUGCUCCGGCUUACGGCUGCCAGUUGCCAGUCCCGGGGUUGUGGGGGUGGUGGACAGGCUGCCCCUUCGCCCUCAUGCUCAUGGGGCCGCAACGUGGCCUCAAGACCAAAGAUGGAUGGGCCAGGUGGUUGUGGCGGGUCAGGGCUUGGCCUGGGGGCUGAUGUUGCGCCAUGUAGCUCCUCAGUAGUUUUGUGGUGAGAGGGAGGUCACGGUAGGGAGGGGUCUGGCAUGGGACCCCCAUGGCGCUGAGGUA